GUUCGUCCGGUGAGCGGCGUCUCUCGUGCGACCGAGGGCUGGGAAACGGCGGGUGGCGGAGCCCCGUGUAGCGGCCUGCGUCGGUGUGUGUGGAGGAUCCGUCCGCAAGCCUGCCCCUGUGGGACGCCAUGGAACAAGCGCUCGCCUCCCCGGGGCUGUUCUCUGAUGAUGAUGGUGCUGCUGCGGCCUCCCCCAUUUUGGAAUCCACAGCGACGGGGUUUGGAGCUGACGUGCGCAAGGAUCUCCUGUCCGAGUUCUCCGCUAUCUCCCCCAAUCUCGAGGGCUCCCAGCAGGCUAUUGCUGAAGAUGUUAAUGGAAAACUGAAGGUGUAUCUGAGAGUUCGACCCCUGAAACCCAUAGAGCUGGAAAAAGGGGAAGACCAGGGUUGUGUCUGCAUUGAGAAUUCAGAGACUCUUCUUCUAAAAGCCCCCAAAGACUCCUUCACCAUGCGGAGCACAGAACGUGGAGUGGGACAAGCAGCACAUAGGUUCUCUUUUACUCAGAUCUUUGGACCAGAUGUGGGGCAGAAAUUGUUUUUUGAUGAAACAAUGAAACAGGUGGUAAAGGAUGUACUGAAUGGGCAGAACUGGCUGGUUUACACUUAUGGCAACACCAAUUCAGGGAAGACUCACACCAUUCAGGGCAGCAUCAAAGAUGGUGGAAUUCUGCCUCGUUCCUUAGCUGUUAUCUUCAAUAGUGUGGGGGACCGCCUGUACCAAGCCAUGGACCUGAAGCCUUCACUGUGCAAUGAGGUGAUCUGGCUGGACAGCAGGCAGGUUCGGCAGGAAGAGACCAAGAAACAGAGCAUGCUGCGGGGGGGUCUGUGGGAAGAGGAGCUGUUAACACCACUGAAAAGGAGUUGCAGUGCUGAAUCUCAGCUUCAGGGCGCCAUCAGUGGCAGCUUUGACAGUGGAGUUGCUGGCCUCUCAUCAUCCAGCCAAUUUACCAGCCAUUCAGACAUCAGCCAGACAGAAGAACUGGGCCCUCGUUGGGCUGACUUGGAUCGUAUUUCACUCAGCAGCACAGGAGAUGUGCAGUUCUCCAUCUGGGUCUCCUUCUUUGAGAUUUACAAUGAGUUAAUCUAUGACUUGUUAGAACCAGCCCUCCCUGGCCAGAACCGCAAGAGGCAGACGCUGCGGCUCUGCGAAGACCAGACUGGCAACCCCUAUGUGAAAGAUCUAAACUGGAUCAAUGUCUGUGAUGCUGAUGAGGCCUGGAAGCUCCUGAAACUGGGUCGGAAAAACCAGAGUUUUGCCAGCACCCACAUGAACGAGAAUUCCAGUCGCAGUCACAGUAUCUUCUCCAUUCGGAUUCUGCAUUUGCAAGGAGGUGGCAGUGAAAUUGUUCCCAAAAUCAGUGAGCUAUCCCUGUGUGACCUUGCGGGAUCCGAGCGCUGCAAAGACCAGAAACGUGGGGAUCGAAUGAAGGAAGCAAACAACAUCAAUACUUCCCUCCAUACAUUGGGUCGCUGCAUCACUGCCCUCCGUCAGAAGCAGCAAUCCAAACUGAAGCAGAUUGUGGUUCCCUUCCGGGACAGCAAGCUAACCCGUGUGUUCCAGGGUUUCUUCACUGGACGUGGGCGCUCUUGUAUGAUUGUUAACAUUAAUCAGUGUGCAUCUACAUAUGAUGAAACUCUGUAUGUAGCCAAGUUCUCAGCCAUUGCCAGCCAGCUUGUUCAGGCCCCUCCCACAAAGCUGGGACUUCCAUCCAUACAAUCAAUUAUCAAAGAGCACAGCAGGCGAACCAGCCAGGGUUCAGAGGCUACAGAGAAGGAAGAAGUGAAAACAGAAGACAGUGAAGAUGAAGUGGAUGUCUCUGUUUAUGAGAGAGAGGACUUGUUGCGUGCAGUGGAAGCUGCGCGAGAACUGCUGGUGCAAGAGAGGCAGGAGAAGCUACAGCUAGAAAUACGCCUCCGUACAGAGAUCUGCAAUGAGAUGCUGGAGGGCAUGCAGCAGAAGGAGCAGUGGUGGAGCCAACACAUUGAUGCCCAGAAGGAACUGCUGGAGGAACUGUAUGAAGAUAAACUGAAUAACCUGAAGGAGUCACUGACUGACUAUUACCAGGAAGAAAUCCAGGAGCGUGAUGAGAAGAUUGAAGAGCUCCAAGCUGCUCUGCAAGAGGCAAAACAAAAACUGGAUGCUAAGCAAAGGGACUCAGAGCAAGGCUUGCGUCGAUCAAAGCGAGUGGCUGCCUCGUGUUCUCUGCAGCAGGAGCUGACAGAUACUAAGGCCAAACUGGAGCAGUGUCAAAUGGAGUUGAAUACAACAUCAUCAGAGUUGCGCAAGUACCAGAGAUUACUGGAGCCACCUCCCUCUGCCAAACCCAUUACUGUGGAUGUAGACAAGAAACUGGAGGAUGGACAGAAGAAUGUGAGAUUGCUGCGCUCAGAAUUACAAAAACUUGGGGAAUCUCUUCAGUCUGCAGAGAGGGCAUGCUGCCACAGUACAGGUGCAGGGAAACUUCGAGAAGCCCUUUGUACGUGUGAUGACAUCCUGGCUAGACAGGACCAAACUCUGGCAGAACUGCAGAACAACAUGAUGCUGGUGAAACUGGAUCUGCGGAAGAAAGCAGCUUGCAUUGCUGAACAGUAUCACACUGUACAGAAGCUCCAGGCUCCUCCCAUGUCUACUCUAAAGAAACGGUUCUGUGCCAACAGGGAAAACCUACAACCCACCCAACCUCCUGGCAAAAAGCCCUUCCUGCACAACCUUCUGACACGUUCAGCUCCCCGUCCUGCUGCUACCAGGGGCUGGCAACUCCGCUCAGUUGCUCUAUGACUUCUUGGAAAGGCAUCCCUGCCUCCCCAUUACUGGAACAGGUGGCACAUCCAGUAUCAUAGCUUCUCUUCUUCUUUGUGUGCUUGUUUAUUAUUGUAGCUGCUUGAGAGCUUAUGUAAACAUUUCUGCAUAUGUAUGGUUAAAAGUUUUAAUUGAUACCAAAGUGGACAAAAUGACCUUCUGUAAUUUAAACACUACAGCAAGGAAAGAUUUUUAAAUACCAAACAGUGCAGAUGAGCAGAGCGUGGUUUAACAGAAGGACCAGUUAAAAUGAGUUCUCUUCAACUGUGUUGGCACAUAAAAAUAAGUUCACAAGAUCUCCUUGUAAGAUAUUCUCCCUUCCUUCAAUUAUAAUCCUUUAUUAAAGUAUACACGUUCUAGUUCAGGGCUGUUCUCCUGGAUCUUUGCUUGUAAGUCUGGCUCCAAGCGUGUUACAGACAUAGAACUGAGCAAAAGAAACAAGUAAAAUGGUUAUAUACAACAAGCACUUGAUUCUAAAAUAAGACUGCAUCUCUUGAAAAUUCCUGGGUUCUGAAAGUUUAUAAAGAAGAAUUGAGAACUCCUCAUAAAGGAAUCAUGCUCCACAGAUAAGCAAAGGAAUCCCCCAUUUAAAAAGUGUUAGAGAUGUUCCAUGCCUUAAAGGAACAGCUGAGCUCCUACUAUCAUGAAGGUAGGAAGCUAAGGAGUUGCUUGAGGUUGUUCUGUCAUUAGAAGCUUCUCUUCCUUAGGGUGUUCUUCAUAAUCAAUGUCUUCUGCCUGUUCUACUGUCUGAUUUUAUUUUGUUAAUGUUUAUUUCUGAGUCAUCACACACAAAAGUGAAUUCAGCUGCCAGAUCACAUAAACAGCUGCAAUUUUCUAAAGCAGUUUGAGAUCUAAUCUUUCUGUGAAGUUGAGAGCACCAGUUAGAAUCGAGCUACUGUGGUAGAGGGGUGCUCUGAGUUUGGUGCUAGCUGGUUUGCUAGCUGUCUCUGGGUACAUUUUAGCACAAUCCUUUUCUAUGCCAGGCGUGAAAACAGCCAAAACUGCUUUGUGCUAUUCAAUUAAAUCAGGUGAGAAUUAGGUGUUUUGUUUUUUUGGAAGUCAAAAGCUACUUCAGUUGCUUCUUAUUUUAACCAAUUCAGCUCCAGCUUGCAUCUUUUAAGCUACAUUUGGCAGCUUGUCAACUUGUAGUUCUGACAAUCACUAAAUAAUGAUGAGCAAUAAGUGAGUUGAAUAUAUAAGACCCUGUUUCUACAACGUACUGCAAUUUGAGUUAACUUCAGUUGGAGGUAACUCAGCCAGAUUUUAUUCUUAUCUCAGCUGUGAGGUUUUUUUUGACAGGUUUUCAGACUGAGGAGUUUGUACUGAUGGGGAAAAAAAUCCCUUAAGUUGCAACUAAGCACACCCAGUCAAGUGCUGUUCUCUAUAACCAGUUUCUAGCUAGAAAUGAAGUGGGAUCUGACCAUUCUUAAUGAAGCCAUAACCUCAAUGGACAUUAACAGGGCAUGGAGACUGCAUUAAUAACAAUGUUACUCAUUGCUACUUUUCUGAAUAUUCUCAUGUUUAUCAUACUAUAUGAAUAUUGAGACUGUAUGCUCUGGGAGGCAACAACGACUUGUGUCUCUUUGCAGUAUCUUGCAUGUGUUGAAUGUCACAUUAAAGAAAGAAUAACGUAA